AUGCUCGGCAAUUCGAGCGAAGCCAAGGCGCAUCGCGCCAGCAGCGGCCGGUCUCGGCCCAUUUAUGUUGCCUCGGAGUCGCCAUCGGCUUCUGAGGGGCGUCUUUCUGCAACGCCCGCAAGACAACGGCUGUCUGCACCUGGCGCGGCGGCGUCAGUGAGGAGCGGCCCGUAUCCCACGGCCGCGAUCAGCGACGCGACUAGAACGGCAAGGGCACGGGUCCUGGGCACUCGCCGCUCCGCCUACGACGACUUCGAUGCGGCCGAGUGGGUCUUGGGCCUCUGCGGUAGGAUUCGCCAUGCCCUUGCAUCCCGCCCAUCCUCAUCAGGGCCACGUCGCCCGACAUCGAACAGAGAGGUACCUGUACUUCAGCAGCCUGCGAUGCUUCGCAAGGCCGAUCGCAGCGCCUGCUCACUGAAAGAGGCCUCGCCUUCCUCGGCUGGCAGUUCCUUCGGGACCUCCGGAACCUCGCCGAUGGCGCCCCCGACUAUGACCGCCCGGGAAUGGGCAAAGAGGGCGCAGGAAGACUUCGAAAAGCGUCGAGCGGUUGCGGCAGCCGAGGCCGACAUUGUUCCCCCAGCAGCAGACUCGGCAGCACCUGUUGAAACUGGCCAAGGUACCCCGGCGGAAGCCGCCCGCGCCGAAGCAGUGUCGCAGCACGUGCACAUGACGGCCGACUCGAUCAAGGAGCUCUUCUCCGCAGGCGGCCUCGAGGCGGGCGAUGGCGAGAAGAUCGAUUUUUCCGACUUCUUCGACAAGGCAGAGCCCUUGCAAGACGAGGCACCCGCCGGCCCAUCUGCGCUUUUCGAGGGCCACAGGUCUACGGACGGCACCUUUGACCUUCAGGGCAUCCUCGAACAUCGCGCUCGCCUGGCCCAGCAGCAAACCGAAGGCGCUGGUGGUGGCAGUCCCUCGGUCCUGAUGGGCACCCUUGUCGGUCAGACUGACUGCCGGGAGCGCGGCGCUGACAGCGAUGGGUUGACGAGCACGCCGUUGAUCCAAGAGCUCCGUCCCGGAAGCGCGAGCGGGUCGCUGGACAGCGGAAACGGUGACGCGCUCCAGACCGAGGAGUGGUCCAACGCGACUGAAGCAGACAAUGCGACCCUUCCCGGCAAGCGCCAGGACUUCGCUGACGAUGAAAAGCACGAUAUCGAACGCCAGAUCCACGAUGACGAUGAGAGGGGCAUUGAGGACGACGAGGGUUCCCAGAGGAUGGCAGUGGACUCAGGUGACGAUAUCGACGCCAACGGUGACGACUAUGAGGACUUCGACGUCCUUGGCGACAGCGAUGGCGUUGGCGACAUCGAUGACGACGACGUUGACAACGCCGGCGUCGAUGGAGAUGGCGAUCUCGACAGUGCUGGCGAGAGCGGGGAAGACGUUGACGGCGCUGCCGCCGCCCACGCAGAUGUCCGCCACCUUGCGCAGCCAGGACAAGGUGCAGACGUCGACAGGGCAAUCGUUGUCUUGGACUCGGACGACGACGAAAGCGACGCGGCCAUGGACGACGAGGACCAAACGUCGGCAAGUACGUCGCGCGAAACAUCAAUCGAGCGAGGGGACAAUGAUGCUAGCCACGCAAUGGGCCUCACCACGCCCUCACACCAUUACGACUCGGACGAGGAUCUUAUGGCGGAAGAUGUGGACGACGACGGCAUGGGCUACAGCCAAGGCUACCACGACGACGACGGCAUGGGCUGCGACAGCGACGACGAGUCCGCUAUCGACGAAGACGAAAUGCAGAGCGCGCGCGCAAAUUCACCGGAUCAUCUUCAGCGCCACAACAUCGCCGGCGACAUUGCCCCCGUCGUGGGCGGGGCACCAUCAUUGAAUUCGAGCCGCUACUCUGGCUUCGUCUCUGCAUCCACCCUUCUUCACAGCUCGACGACAGACUCGGAAGCCGUGGGCGCGCCUGACGAGUUGCGUCAUCAUACGGAGCCGAAUUCCACGUUGGGCCCCGUUGCUUCUCCGCCGCCGACCGACUUCGACCGCAUCGAUCCUCAGCUGCUCGACGGUGCCGACCACGUUGACAACGCCGAACCCGCCAUCCAACCUCCGGGUAGUGCCACAGCGACGCCCGACGGUGUAUCUGAGGGCAUCACAACGCCACCUUUGCCGGUCGAGGCUGAGCCAGGCGCAGCUACACAAGCACGACCUGAAGUGGACGCGGUCCCUAGCGCAACGGCGCAACCGACUGCCGAGAUCGCUGCCCCUCUGAAGCACGACGCCGCGGUCCCCGGGACCGACGGAGAGGGUGCGCCGGUCGACGAUGCGGGGGUUGUGGACGAAGAGGCUCUGCUGGCGCCGCCAUCGUCCAAUGCGGGCGUUGACCCCAUCGAUGUCCCUUCAGCUGGUCUGAACGCUGGCUUUCCGCUCUCACCUGCACGCGACAUGGCCGACGAGGCGCCCCUGCCUACCAGCCCGCUCGAAGGCGGUACUCUUAUCGAGGCAGGCGGGAAUCUGACGCCCGCGCUAAGGGCCGCAGAAGGCAUUUCUGGGGUCAUCAGCGAGGCGUUGACUGCAGCGGAUCAUCCGUUGCCAAGAAUGCCGGCCGAAGGGGGCGACAUCAUGAAGACCUCCGAGAUCGAGGCCAAUCCUGAGGAGCCGCCGGUCCGAAAUCCAGAUGUUGAGGCAUCGGCCAGCGAGGAGAUUCGCACCGCGCCAAUUGCCCAUGACGAGCUCUCGUCGCCAAGACACGCCCAUGUCGAAGUCAUCCGAGAAGAAGCCAUCCAGGGUAAGGUUGGGGAACCCCUCGACGACGAGCUGGCACUGGGAGAGCAUCCUAGAGAGGAUCCUCAAGGCAGACUCGCAAAGGAUCAAGCCGGCGAUGAUAUGAGCUUGAACGUCGAUGGUCACCCAGCUCAACCAGAUCUAGUCGAAUCGGUCGUCAUGGCGCCGUCCACGGGAGCUGCCAUUCGAGAACAGGCGGCAGCCGAUGAAGAUGCGAACCCCGACAUGACAGACGACAAGGCCAACUUCGCGCCAGCGUCUACUGCCGUCAUGGCCGAACAGCCGGCAUCGCUUCAAGGGAAAGCAUCGUCCCGCACCGAGCAACGUCUUUUGCUUCGGUCGACUGACGGCAGCACCCCUGCCUCUAGCCCGCUCAGCAGCGCUGCGACGCUGCCGCCCGUCAAUCCGAUCCAGUCGGCGGGCGAACGGAUGCUGUUCUCUGCGCUGCCGCCGAGCUCCAUGUUUCGGCACAAGCACCGGCACCAUCACCACCAUCACCGUCACCAUCACCCGCUCCCCCAUCAAGCGUCUGAUUUACGUAUGCUCUCGCCCGGCGACCCGAAUCUUCCAGCCGGCGGCUCUCAACGACGACUCGAUCCGACAGGCGGGAUCGGCACUCUCGACGAUGCAUCGGGUUCAGGCGACCCGCACAUGCUUCCUUCCGAUGCUCUCGUCAGAGCCUCCGCGUCAGAGCAGACUUCAGAUGCCGCCGCUGUGGAGGCAGAGCAGAGGCCGCAAGCAGACGACCAGAAGGCGAAGGGGCAGCCCUCCGAGCACAGCAGCGAAGGGCUCGCAAUGCGCCAGAUCCGCCAAGACGAGGAUGAAGACGAAGAGGAAGAGAGCCACGGACCAUCGACUCGUUCGCAGUGCACAUUCCACCGCCUUCGUUUCCUCAGCCUCCCCGGUCAGCCUACGUUUAUCGUGCCGCAGUGCUCUAUCCUGCACGAUGUGGCAAAAAACGAGGGCGCGCGCGACGUAGGCCAGGCGACGAAUCGACAAAACGAGCUCAAGGUGGAAUUCAACCCAGACGAGCUACCGCUCGAGGUACGACACAGUCUCAGCCGCAUCAUCGGCGUGCAGAUGCUUGCAGAUGCUGCGGUUGUACCUGGGAGCUCAGCAGAAGCCUUGCUGAGACGCCCCGGACUUACGUCGUCCUCCGGCGCCGAUUCUGACCGUGAGCACGGCGAUCCUCACCCGCCCACUACGACCAAGAGCCCGGGCCCUUUCGCCGGGAUGGAUGAGCCCAUGGUCAGUCUAGCCUCGCCCACGAGGUCUGCAAGACGCUCACGCACCGCCAGCUCAGCAUCGUCAUCAAACGGCCAGCGCUCACCGAAGCUCACAGACCGAAAGUCUGGUCGAGAGCAGGCCGCAGAAGAUGUGGACGUCCAAGGCCUCGAAGCCGACUCAUCGGGAUACCGCGACGAAUCCGCACCUCGCGCCAUUGAGAAUGCCAAACUGGUCACGCAAAGCACGACAGACGGCGCGCACUUCGUGGAGCCAGGCUUGACGCCGGGCUCGGCGGGAAAGAAGCGUGUUCGCGGUCGCCGCCGCAAGCACGCCACCGACGCAACAUUCCAGCCUGCAAAGGCCGACCAGGAUGGCAACAGUGAUGACGACGCAGGCAGCGACUCCGAGGGCGAUCAGGAUGGAACGAAGCCACGCAGCCGGAAGAAGCGCGCCGUUUCGAGUGCUCGCACCGAUGGUCCGGAUGCUGGCACCGGCUCAGGUCAGAGCAGGCGCGAAUCGCCUCGAUCCAAGAAUCUGCGACGCUCCCGUGCCGUUGACGGCAAGUUCAAGCCGGCCAGCAGAGGCGGCGAGGGAAUUGACAAGAGCGAUCCCGAGGAGCAAGGCUCGCUCGUAUCCGGUGUUCAGACGCGAAAGCAACAGCAGGACGAGACCGAGGUGCUGGACCAAGUUGUCGGCAGCGAAGGCGUCGGCGAGAUGGAAGGUGUCGUCGAGGGCGAGCGUUUGCGGGAAGAGGAGCGCGAGGCAGAAGAGAUGGACGUCGACGAGGACCAGGACGGCGCAGAAGGCGACGAUGGCGGCGUCGAAGAAGCGCCGAAGCGAGCCCGCCGACCUAGCAGACCUCGAAACUCGACGGGAGACACGAAGGCCGGACCCCUCGCAACGCCUAGGACCAGCGUCCCUGCUGCCAAGGAGCAGAAGAAGAGACCGUCGCCGUCACCGCCGUCACGCCGCAGAACGGGGGUUCGCCGCUAA